AAAAACAGAAGAAUGAGAUAAAAUAGAUCAUGGUUAUGUUGAUGUUUUCCUUUUCCAAAGUUUCAUAUAAUUUUUAAGAUGAGUACUGUUAUUAAAAUCGUUUUAAAAUGGAACGGAAAAGAAUUUAAUUUAGAAUCAUCGGAAGAUGACACUGUAUCUGAUUUAAAGAAAACCAUAGAAAAUGUAACCUCAGUAAAAUGUGGAAGACAAAAGUUGUUAAAUUUAAAAUACAAAGGGAAAACGCCUGAAGAUGAUUGUACUCUUGGUCUUUUGAAACUUAAACCCAACUUUAAACUCAUGAUGAUGGGUUCACUUGAAGAAGACAUAGCAGAAGCAAAUACUGCACCUGAAAACCUUCCUGAUGUUGUCAAUGAUUUAGAUAUAGAGGAAGAGGAAGUUGCCAUUGAAAAUCAGGAUGUAUAUCUUGCAAAAGUGGAAAAACGUAUCAAAGAUUAUAAAAUAAAUAUGUUAAAUGAUCUCCGGCCUGAAAAAAAGUUGCUAGUAUUAGAUAUAGAUUACACACUUUUUGAUCACAGAUCUACCGCCCAAUCUGGAGCAGAAUUAAUGAGGCCUUAUUUACAUGAGUUUUUAACUACUUCUUAUGAACACUAUGAUAUUGUUAUUUGGUCUGCUACAGGAAUGAAAUGGAUCGAGGAGAAAAUGAAGCUAUUAGGUGUUUCUACGCAUCCUGAUUACAAGAUUGCCUUUUAUUUAGACUCUCUCGCCAUGAUCUCAGUGCACAUACCUAAAUAUGGGGUAGUUGAUGUAAAGCCUCUAGGAGUAAUCUGGGGCAAGUUUACACAGUUCUCAUCUAAGAACACCAUAAUGUUUGAUGAUAUUAGAAGAAACUUCAUAAUGAAUCCUAAAAACGGCCUUAGGAUUAGACCGUUUAGAGAAGCUCAUCUAAAUAGGGAGAAAGAUAGAGAACUGCUCCAUCUUGCCAAGUAUUUAAAAGAUCUCGCUGAAAACUCAAAUGAUUUUGCUAGUGUUAACCAUCGGCAUUGGGAAAAGUAUAAGCCAAAACAUAGAAGAUAGUUGUUACACAAUAUAGAUAAGAUUUGGAUGAAAAUCCAAUAAUUUUGUAACGUGAAAAUUAAAUUAGUGAUGUACUUAUUCUAUGUUUUUUUAAUGCAUUUAGAUUAUAUUUCAUUUAGAAAUAAAGAAAAAUAAAUAUAGUUUUUCCAUGA